AUGUUGAAUCAAUUCCGCGCAGUCGCUCUCCAGACGCGAUUGAGUGAAAAUGCGGUGGACGGACAAAAAGUGGAGAUGGAAGAUACGGAAGACGCGCUCGACGCAUCGCAGUACUUUGUUGAAGACCUUGUUGAUCCUUGGCAGGAAAGAGAUGCCCUGGAAAGAGAGAGGCUGAACCAACACACUCAGCUCCGCGAGCUGGUAACGCGGGGCGAUGUGACAGCGUUGAAGACUAUGCUAGCAGCGUUGGGCUCCAACGCUGGUGUGGUGACCAAUAUGACGCCUGGUGGGGCAAACACAUUGCUAUAUGUUGCUUGCGAAGCUGGUUCUGCGUCAGCCGCGUCGGCCCUGGUGUCAGCGGGAGCUGACGGGCGGGCACACCCGGUGACCAGAUAUGGACCGCUGUACAUCGCCUGUUACCAUGGGCAUGCAGAUAUUGCACGCCUCCUGCUCGCUCACUUCCCGGAGGCAGUACAACAAGAGACUGUAGAGAAGUGGCUGCCACUGCACGCGGCCUGCAUCGGCGGCCACGCGGCGUUGGUGACUCUACUGCUGGAGUACCCUUACCCCGAGCAUCUGCUACAGACCUUCACAGAUGCAUCUGGGCAGUGGCGUUACCGGUUCGCGUUUGACGUGAACGCUCGUGACGCGAGUGGGCAGACAGCGUUAUACGUGGCCUGUACGCUCGGUAAUGUGGCCGUGGUUGAUGCGCUGCUGGCGUUCUCUCUGCCCAAAGAAAGAGUGCCACGGGAUCAGCAGCCAGAAGAAGCAGAAGAGGCCUCUACGCCUCUACCAGCAAGUGCCAAGCAGGUGCUGAGUCCGCAUCGGGCUGGCAUCUCGCUUGGCAUCCAUGCGAUUGUCAGCAAGCUUACUGGUUCAAGCAAGCCGAACGUUUCAGAGGGCGAAGCCCGUAUCCGUGCGGUGCGGACGGACAUGGGUCGGGGCGUGGACAGCUGUGUGGCGGCGGCAGUUCGCGGCGCCCACCUGCGCGUGCUCAAGCGCCUGCUGGCAGCCGGAGCCUCGCCCGAUGCCACGGCACAGCCUCCGCACGCCUUGGCGUACCCGGACCCGGACUACAAAUUGAACAAGUCAUCGAUGAGCGAGUCCGUGCUGAACGCCCGCGACGUGGACUCAUCGCUGUCGUACAGCGCUCGCUGUCCCGCCACGCCUGUCAUGAUCAACUGGAGGGAGCUCCGCUGCCAGCUGUCUGCCAUCAAGAUGAACUGGCUACGUACUGCUGCACUCCGUGUGAACCCGAAGCUCAGCGCUUCUGGUGGUGGAGCUCUGUUAGCCCUGACGAGGAUCGAACUGGCCAACAACGAGCUGCGAGAACUGCCCAGGGAGCUGUUCUCACUGAUAAGUUUGCGGUACUUGAAUGCGGCUCAAAACAAACUGGAGCGCUUGCCAACCACCGCAGACCCACUCGAGGAGGAGUUGGAGAGGAGCAGACGCGUCAAGAGACCGGCGAAGGCUUCAGCGGAAGUUUACACCGCGCCUGUCUUGCAGGAGUUAUAUUUACAGGACAAUCGUCUGGAAGAACUGCCUCCAGAGCUAUUUUCUCUACCUUCCCUGACGAGUUUGGACGUGUCGAAUAACAAGUUGCGCGCGCUGCCCCCUCAAAUGUGGAGCGCGGCCUGCCUCCGCGACCUGAACGUGGCUCUCAACCAUCUCCGGGAGUUGCCGGCCAGCUGUGGACACAAGGUGCAGCACAGCAGCGCGUCUGCAGUUCAGCUCUCGUCGCCAUCAGACGUGUCUCCGCAGCUUAGCGCUUCGCCCUCGGUCAACAGCGGCCAAUUCGCAUUCGCCGCGCAGUCCAAGUCAUCGUCACGGAGUCCAUCUAUCGACGGAAGUGAGUGCUCGCCCGAUGAUGAUGAUGAGAUACUGGUGAUCGGAAACCGAGCCGGAAAUGCAGUGUGGUCGGAAGCUCGACGCGCGCAUGCGUGGCGCGGCACUCUCGCGGCCUCACCGCCGCCGCGACGCGCGUCCGCCGCGACGGCUUGGGCGGCGGCGCUCGCGUCGCUCAACCUGUCGCACAACCAGUUCACCAACGUGCCGCCGCCGCUCGCCUGCCUCGCGCCCGCGCUCACCAGGCUCAACAUGGCCUACAACUCGCUCAGAUCUAUGUCGUACGUGACGUCGUAUCCGACGAGCUUGCGACAGCUGGACCUCAGUCAUAAUGAGAUAACUUGCUGGCCAAGUCUUCCACAAGUUGAAAGUUUCGGCUCAACGGAAGGCGAUCCUCUGGCCUGCUAUUGUCCCAAUUCUUCACAUAACAAUAACAACAGACCGAGGCCUCGAUCUGGAGGUUCCGUGAGGUCUCAGCUGCUGAGCGCAGCAUGUCCAGCCAGGAGACAUUUGAGAUUGGAGGGACUGAGAACCUUGAUUCUAGCAAACAACUUGCUGACUCGCAUCCAGUUGACGACAGACGACGAUGGACUCGUGUCAACAGUCAACGAUCAGUCGCAUGAUGAGGACGAGGAAUGGGUUGGUUUCAUUUUUUAA